AUGGCCUCGAAUCACGCCGUGGGAGGUACACAGGUGGUUUAUGAUGAUGCACCUAAUCUGUGCCUCGAUUCGCCGUCAAUGCGAGUGCCUGGGUCAUCCUCGGCAAGCGAUGGCGGCCACACGGUGACGGAAGUGGCGGCGGCCGGUACCGUACCGGUCGACGACGACAACGACCCUAGGGUCGAUCAAAUCGCAACAUCCAUAACUCUCGCACCAAACCCAAUCGAUGACUAUACAAUAUGGAGCAAAAACAUCGUUCGGUUGAUCUGCAUCACCGUCGCCUUUGCCGGUCUCUUCUCUCCGCUCUCGUCCAACAGCUACUUCCCCGCGCUGUCAACGAUCGCCGCGUCGCUUCAGGUGUCCAUCAGCAAGGUCAAUCUGACCGUGACGAUGUUCAUGAUCUUUCAAGGUCUUAGCCCUACACUGUGGGCCGCAGUAGGGGACGUUAUGGGAAGGAGACCUGUGUACAUCGCAACCACAACCCUGUGAGUCGCGUGUGAGAAGUAAUGGAGCAAAUCUUCGGCGUCUUCUCCCGACUCAAGGCGCGGGGUAGCUAGCUCACCUCGCUCCACACAUCUCCCCGUUCGGUCUUGCGCAGCUAUCUCUGUUCCAAUAUCGGUCUCAGCUUUACCUAUCACUACUGGCUGCUGCUCCUCUUGCGUUGCGUGCAGUCGACGGGGUCCGCGUCGGUGGUCGCCCUCGGCUCCGGCACGAUCGGGGAUUUGAUUCCUCCUGCCCGGCGGGGUGGGUGGAUGUCGAUCUACAACGUCUUCACCAUGAUCGGACCUGCGAUUGGUCCCGUCAUCGGCGGCCUGCUCGCCAACUCGUUCGACUGGCUCGCCAUUUUUUACUUUCUUGCCGUGUUCAGCGCCAUCGUCCUCGUCUUGCUCAUCGUCGUGCUCCCCGAGACGUUGCGCUCGCUCGUGGGCAACGGCUCGAUACCGGCGCGUGGCAUCAACAGGUCAUGGCUUUCAAUGAUGCAUGAGCGAAAAAUGCAAGCCAGUACGAAUGACUCCUCCUCGACCCUUGAUCACAAUGCGGCGCGGACGCAAGCCAAACCCAAAACCUGGCGUGACAUUGACCUUCUCGCGUCGGUUAAAAUCAUCGCCAACAUCGACGUCUUGUGCCUGCUUACCUUCAACUCGAUCGUGUACGGGGUUUUUUACAUGGUCAUCACCAGUACUUCGACCAUAUUUGAGCUCAACUAUGGGCUCUCGGAAGCACAAAUUGGGGUGAGUCAGGUCAUCAUCGUCUACGAUCACGGCCGAGCUCGGCGUUUUCAGGUGCAAACGUUGAGUCCCAGCUUCUUUCCGUCGUGCUCAGUUGUGCUAUCUGGCGAACGGAUGUAAGUCACAUUUCAACCUUUAUCACGGGUCUGAACGGUUUAACCGAGUCAAACUCUCACAGGCGGGAUGAUUGCCGGAGCGGUGAUCAACGGUCCGGCUUUGAAUCGAGCAUACGCCGCGACAAAGCGUACCCACGACGAGCGGCUACGGGCCAGUGGCAUCAAGGUGCCCGACGUCAUCGAGCGAAGCGAUCUUGGCGACUUCCCCAUCGAACGUGCGCGUUUAAAAUCGCUUCCCGGAUCGGUCGCGAUUUUCGUCGUCUGCUCGAUCUCUUACGGCUGGUCCCUCCAGCGGAUCUGGCCCCUCGCCGUGCCCCUAGUCCUACAAUUCUUCAUCGGGACGGCCGCAAUGAUCCAAUUCAACGCCAUCACGACGCUCCUCGUCGACCUGUACCCUUUGGCCUCGGCUUCGACCACGGCAGCGAAUAAUCUGAUCCGGUGCCUCGUCGGCGCCGCCGCCACGGCGAUCGUUGACCCUUUGAUUCAAGCGAUCGGUUCGGGCUGGGCCUUCACCGCGGCGGGAUUGCUGAUCGUUUCAGUGACUCCUCUUUUGUGGAUCGAAUGGGAAUACGGUCAGCGUUUCCGCUCGAGACGACGCGUACGAUUGAAUGACAAGAUUAUGGCUCGCGAAGAGCAGAAGAGGAAGGAGGAGGAGGAAGGAAAAGCGGAACCGUGA